ACCCCACCUCACAAAUUUGAGGCGAAGCAGAGGUUCAGCCACAUAUCGGCUCAGCUGCUAGGGCUCAGCUGCUAGCCCCGUGUGGCUGAGCCAUCGGUGGAGCCUUCUGCACCGGCUCCAUGUCUGCCGUACUGUUAUUGUUCUCCAUCGUGUUCGUGCUUCCGCUCGCCAUCCAUGGUGACCUACGUGUUGGGUUCUAUCAAGAGACAUGCCCUUUAGCUGAAGCUAUCACUAGAGGAACCGUUUUUGCAGCAACCGUAUUGAAUCCCGGUAUCGUUCCGGGUCUCGUCCGGCUUCAUUUCCACGAUUGCUUUGUCCGGGGUUGCGAUGGCUCAAUUCUUCUGGACAGCCCUACCGAAGCGGAAGGGGAUACUGCGGAGAAGGAUUCCCCAUUAAAUGGCGCCUCCCUCCGCGGCCUCGAAGUUCUGGACGACGUGAAGGCUCAGCUGGAAAUAGCGUGUCCAGGAACCGUCUCCUGUGCAGACAUCUUAGCUUUCGCUGCCCGUGAUGCUGCCUCCUUCGCCGGCAUACCGUACUACGAGGUACCAUCGGGUCGGCUAGACGGCCGCAUAUCACUGGCUGACGAAGUUCCGCACAACCUUCCCAUGCCCUUCUACAACCUGUCCACCCUGGCCAACCUUUUCGCUUCGAAAGGCCUAAACCUGGAAGACUUGGUUGUUCUUUCCGGUGCACACUCCAUGGGACGAGCCCAUUGCCCAUCCUUCCACUAUCGCCUCUACCAUUUCUCACCAACACAACCGCAAGACCCUUCUCUCGACCCAUCAUACGCAAACUAUCUCAAGUCGAUCUGUCCGCCGACGGUAAAGCCACUUGGUGAAAGCUCGGCGGUGCCGCUGGAUGCAAUAAGUUCGAACAUGAUGACUAACACGUUCUACGUGGCGCUCACACAACACAAAGGGCUGCUAGGCACAGAUCAGUUACUCAUGAGCUCUUUGCCAACAAGAAAGAUGGUAAGAAGAUUAGCGCACAGCCCACACCUUUGGCCGAAGAUGUUUGCAGAGGCAAUGGUAAAAGUGGGAAGACUGACAACCAAUGAACCAGGGGAGGUGAGGAAAUAUUGCCGAUCUAUUAAUGGCUGACGCCUGCCGGGCAGUCUCCGGCUUCUCGGUCUCCAAGCUGGUGUAAGGGAAGAUGCAUAUCAAUUAAGCGGAUAUCCUCUUUUUUCUUUUUAGCUUCAGUACUUAUUUUCGGUCAUCAAGGUGUUCGUCCAGAAAGCAAAACUCGAUGGUCAUCUGUAUUUUGUUGGAAUCAUUUUGUCUUAGUAUAUAUGCUAUGACGGCAGAACUUCAAAGACCAAUUUGUGUAAACACAAUCUUGUUUUUCUAUAUGUACAACUCGUCUUUUAGCCA